AUGUAUCAGUUUGCCAUAUCUUGCUUAUUUUCUCUUUCACCUCGAUAUUUCAUCCCUCUCUGUAUCCAUAGAAGCAUCUAUCUAUCUAUCUAUCUAUCUAUCUAUCUAUCUAUCUAUCUAUCUAUCACGGUCUUUCCCUAUGCAUUGCUAUCUUUAUUCUUUCACUCACUCACACACUCACUCACUAUAUCUAUCUAUCUAUCUAUCUAUCUAUCGGUCGCUCUAUCUAUUGCAGCCUAUACAUGCCUAUAUCUCAUUCACUCUCCUUUCUCUUCCUCUUGUCUUACUCCUCUCUCACUUUUAAGCGACGUGCUUUUCUAUCUAUCUAUCUAUCUAUCUAUCUAUCUAUCUAUCUAUCUAUCUAUCUAUUUAAUUAUUACAUCUCUCUAUUUCUCUUUCUCUCGUACACACACACAUAAUCUAUCUAUCUAUCUAUCUAUCUAUCUAUCUAUCUUGCCUGUUCAGGUCUUCUCACUCUAUAUAAUGUAUGUAAUCAGCCAGGACAUUUCAUUCUUAUAUAGAAAGCACUUCUGGCAGUUUCUCUUCCUUACUAAACCAUUCUGGGUUUUGCGUAAACCUAUUAUAACUGUUCACAAGGAUAACGGAUAA